AUGCGACUAGAUGAUGAUGACGACGAUGAUGAUGAAGACAGCUAAUAGGUAUUGAGUGCCAGACACUGCGCCCUGUGCUCUGAACGGCUCACGCCAUGGCCACCUGUGAGUACGUGUUACUCACAGAUGGGGACACGGGAGCUCCGGUUCCUUCUGCAGCGUUACCUCGCUACCCAGGAUUUGCCCUCUGGGGAUCCCAUGGCUUUCUUGACUGGGCUAAGGGGCCCUUUCGCCCACAUCAGCAGAGCCCUCAGCCAGCGCUGUUUCAGCACCACCGGGACCCUCAGUGCGAUUCAGAAGAUGACACGGGUGCGUGUGGUGGACAACAGUGCCCUGGGGAACACCCCGUACCAUCGCCCUCCCCGCUGCAUCCACGUCUAUACCAAGAACGGGGUGGGCAAGGUGGGUGACCGCAUCCUGCUGGCCAUCAAGGGACAGAAGAAAAAGGCGCUCAUUGUGGGGCAUCGCAUGCCCGGCCCUCGGAUGACCCCCAGGUUCGACUCCAAUAACGUGGUCCUCAUUGAGGACAACGGGAACCCCGUGGGCACCCGCAUUAAGACGCCCAUCCCCACCAGCCUGCGCCGGAGGGAAGGCGAGUUUUCCAAGGUGCUGGCCAUUGCUCAGAACUUUGUGUGAGCAGAGCCAGCCGCCGCUGCCGCGGGGCUCAGGAAGGAGCCGUUCGGAAAACCGCGCCCUCCUUGCUGGCGGGGAGCUUGGGGUCCCGUGGCUGGGGAACAGUGUCCUGUGAGAAAUAAACAUGUUCACAUGUGUC